UCGCAGAAAGGGGCGCAGUAGAGUCAACAGAAUCUCAGUCUCUGCCCACAUCAAACUCGUCCUGACGGCACUGCAAACUUUGGCAGAUCUGCGAGAGUCAUGUCGAAUAACAGCACGAGCGGUUUGUCGAGCUUGCAAAAAAGCGUCAAGCAACUGAGAUUUGAAGCAUCAAUACGCAGAAUGAAGGUUUCUCAAGCUGCAGAGGAACUAAAAACAUUCUGCUUGAAAAAUGCCCCUAAAGACCCUCUCCUUGUAGGGAUGUCAGCCAGCGACAACCCCUUCCGACCCCCAAAAUCAUGGUUCUCCUCUGAGGUACCAAUGAUCAGCUCAGUGAGUCAUGAAGAAUGCUGA